ACAGAAGAAGAAAUCACUGAACAUAAAAAACUUCUUAACCUCAACCUCAAAUUUUGAUUAAGCUUGAAAAACUAAAAAUAUUUGUGUUCCUUGUCCUAGUAUAUAAAAAUGUUUAAAUUAAUACAUAAAACUUUAUUACAACGUAGAAUUAAAGGCACUCUAAAUGUUCAAAGCCUACGAACAUUUUUAUCUCCGGCAUAUUAUUGUCAAGAAGUAUGGGAUCGCAGACUGAACUCCCCAAUUUUACAGAAAGUAAAUAAUGAUGAAUUUUUCUAUGAAUUAGAUCAGAAGUAUCAAAGAACGAGAGAAUUAAGUGCUGUUGACGUAGAUAUAUUCGUAAAUUCGAUUAAAAAUGGUCACUAUGUUGAUGAAUUGUUAGAUAUUGUUCACAAACUUCGAUUGACUGCAGAAACUUGUAAUAUGUUAAGUUCCACAAAUCAUGCUGUACUACGGACAUUACUACAGCAUUCUAGCAUGGAAACCAUAGCAAACGUACUAGACGAUAGGUUAAAUUAUGGAAUAUUUCUCGAUUACUACACAGCUAAUCUAUUAAUGGAUAUCUGCUGGAAGAAAAAUGAUUUUACCUCUGGAGCCAGGAUAGCGAGUCAGUUAAUGCUGCAGGAAGAAGUUGAACAUCCCGUUAGCAAGAAUUUGUCUCUGUUGCAUUGUUACAAUUAUCUGUUAAAACCAGAAGGUUGGCCAGAAUAUCAAAAACCCGAAGAACCAGAAGAAGAGGUUAAAGUUAGAGUUAAAUUCUUACGAAAUCCCUAUGACGAUGAACAUUUUGACUUAAGGGAUCCAAACAAAAUCGUAGGUAAAACGUUAGCGAUGUUUACCAAAGGAAAUGAUGAUCCUUUAAAUAAAUCGUUCAAUAUUUUGGGUAAUACUCUUUUUGGUAAGAUUGAUAAAGUUAACGCCAGUAUUAAAGAUUGCCAAACAAAGAAUAUUGCAAUAAUAAAGGAAGUAAUAGAGUUGUUGCCCUCAGAAAGCGAAGUUAAAGAAUUGGUAAAGAGUUUAAAACAAGAAUCCUUGAAUGUACAAGAAAUAUUGAAAAAAAAUAUUGAAAGCGCUGUACAAGGGUCGUCUGAAAGAGAUAUAGCUGAGCAAUGUAAAAUUUUUGAACAGUGGGAAGAAGAUAGAAUGAAAGCCCUGGAGACGCAAAGAGAAAGGUUAUCAAAGAUCAGAAGGCUUAAAAAUAUAGAAGACAUACAGAAAGAGCUCAGAGAAAAGGAAACUAGGCUGUGGUUCUUUGAAAAAGAGGAGCAAAUUGAGUUAACAAUUGAAGAUGGUCAAGCAGUUGUUUCAAAAGAAGAUAAAGUAGUGAAAGAAGAGACUGAUGAGAAUUAUGUUCCUCCAGAAGUCCAGCGUAGAAGAAGUAGUUAAGUUUUUAUGUAGAACUUUAAUAAAUAUUUAAUUGUU